GUGUCCGCCACAAAGCCCCUGGGAUGCCUUGUGGGUCUGGGGCACCUAGCGGUCCAUUUUGCGGAGCUUGGGCCACAUGCAGAGAGAGACCAUGCCGAGACCCCGGAAGAGACCAGCCGGGGCUGCUGGCCCAGAAAAGAACGGGCAAUCAGAAAAACAUACCAAAUUUGAGAACUCAGGUGAGGCAUCAGCAAAAGUGGAGAACUCCAGCCCUCAGAAGACUUCAGUCUUUAAAAACUGUGGGAGGAAUCUAAGCAACUACUGGCUGAUGAAAUCAGAGCCAGAGAGCCGACUAGACAAAGGUGUAGAUGUGAAGUUUAGCAUUGAGGAUCUCAAAGCACAGCCCUUGCAGACAGCAUGCUGGGAUGGUGUUCGUAACUACCAGGCAUGAAACUUCCUUAGAGCUAUGAAGCUGGAGGAAGAAGCCUUCUUCUACCAUAGCAACUGCAAAGAACCAGGCAUUGUAGGACUUAUGAAGAUUGUAAAGGAGGCUUACCCAGACCACACACAGUUUGAGAAAAACAGUCCCCAUUAUGACCCAUCCAGCAAAGAGGACAACCCCAAAUGGUCCAUGGUGGAUGUACAGUUUGUUCGAAUGAUGAAGCGUUUCAUCUCCCUGGCUGAGCUUAAAACCUAUCACCAAUCUCACAAGGCUACUGGUGGCCCCUUAAAAGAUAUGGCUCUCUUCACUCGCCAGAGGCUCUCAGUCCAGCCCCUGACCCAAGAAGAGUUUGAUUUUAUUUUGAGCCUGGAGGAAAAGGAACCAAGUUAACUGAAACAGUAUUGCUGGAAUGGACAAACCAUUACUCUAAAGAUGGCGAGGUUUUAUUAGACAAAGGAUGGUGUGUGAAGGCUUAUGUGUGCAUUUACCUGAGAUCAUGUACACAGAUUUUUUUUUUCCCUACUUCUUUCAAUAAAACAUUUAAUGUCAAA